CGAGGGGGACCAAGAGGUUUUUCUGUGAACCCUCCUGAUCAAGCGCCGCUAAGGAUUAGGCAGUCCAAGGAGUGUGGGCUUAUAGCCUACAGAAAGACUUCUAAAGGUGGGAAUAUAUGCAAUAAACUACUCUCCAGGCUUCUGCACGGAUUUUAAACUGUUUUGAUUAAUGCUAACUCACAGGAUGUCCGAGAAGGCAGUAACAAAUGAGGCAUAGCACAUGCCUCCUCUUCCUUUGCGUUAAUAUGAGCACAUGCUUCAUGGGAAUUACUGUGAUUGGUUUGAUUUUGUUAUUUAGAAAAAUUAGCACGACUCCCAAAAGUUAAGGGUGUUACAAAUGACGGACAGAGAAAUCAGUGCUCUGUAACCAGAAAUUACUGCGAGUGUGUGCAAGGCAUGUGGUUGUUUUACACUAUGGGUGAUGUGCUUUCACUUGUUCUUAGUCCUAUGCUGCUCUGUUUACCAGGUCUCCCAAGGGAUCAUCCAGAAAGUUAUCAUUCCUUCAUGUGGAAUAACUUCUUCAAACAUAUUGACAUCUUGGCAGAAAACACUCACAUUUUGGAUGGAAAUGCAGCAGACUUGCAGGCUGAAUGUGAUGCGUUUGAGGAUAAAAUCAAAGCAGCUGGAGGAAUUGAACUCUUUGUUGGAGGCAUUGGCCCAGAUGGUCACAUCGCCUUCAAUGAGCCCGGAUCAAGUUUGGUAUCGAGAACGAGAGUGAAGACCUUGGCUAUGGACACAAUAUUGGCUAAUGCCAGAUUCUUUGAUGGCGACCUCUCCAAAGUCCCCACAAUGGCUUUGACAGUCGGAGUGGGCACUGUCAUGGAUGCACGAGAGGUGAUGAUUCUUAUCACAGGAGCGCAUAAAGCAUUUGCCUUGUACAAAGCCAUUGAGGAAGGUGUCAACCACAUGUGGACAGUAUCUGCUUUCCAGCAACACCCCAACACUGUGUUUGUGUGUGAUGAAGAUGCCACUCUGGAACUCAAAGUUAAGACAGUGAAGUACUUUAAAGGUUUAAUGCUGGUUCACAAUAAGCUUGUGGAACCCUUGUACAGCAUGAAGGAGACAGGAGCAGAAACAAGCCAAUCUAAGAAGCCAUACAGCGAUUAAUCUCUUGCUGUUCAAACUAAUGCUAAGCCAACUCUUCUGUUGAAAACCAGCUGUGAAGAAAGGGAAUUGCUGCAUAAACUCACCUCAUACUUGUUCUUAAAUUAGGAAAAUGAUGAUGUGCUUGCUUCUCUCCAUUUAAAAACAGAGAUGCCAAACACCUGCCUUAAUUAACCAAACAAGGAUGGGAUCCAACAUACUGUGUUCCACAAGCCUUCAACACUAACUUAUUCUCUUAAAGGUAAAGUCAGCGGAGAGUGAGUUGUUUAAUAAUCUGGAAAGCAACUGUAAUUAUGUGGAUAGAGUACUUCAGAACUUAAAUGUGGAGACAAUGUUGCAGAAAUCAAAUGGGUGAUCAUUUAGGAAUCUAUUCCUUGCACUUUGAAAACUACAUUGUAUCAUUCCCCCCUCCACAAAACACUCUUACUUCAUACUCAUUUAACAUGAGAACUGGGCUUGUUCAGCAUGGAGAAGUAAAGGCUUUUUU